AAAUGGGUUAUUGGCCAACUUCUUUUUUUUUCUGGUGUGUUUGUGGGUUGAGACUCAGUCAAGGUCUGCAUUCUUGCAAAAAACUAGGCCAAUAACCAGCCAUAUUGACUGAACAAGUUUGGACAAUAAAGAAUUUAUUAGAUGGCUUAAAGAACACCAUUUUCUUGUGCAAAACAAUGGGUAAUCCCAAGCUAGCUACCCAUCUUGGCUGGUUGGGGAGUCAUUGGACUUGGUUCAUCUUACUCAUUUGUGGAGCUAGCCGAAUAAUAAAUUAUAUUAUAAACAGAGAAAAAUAAAUAUUGGUAAUACAUAAAUAUGGCUGACAAUAAUCACUCGUAUUGAUUAUAACUUAUUUCUGAAUCCACAGCUUGAUCCAUCAUCACUUUACUGCCUAUAUCAGUUGGCAGCCAUUAAACAACUGUUAUGUGUUCACAGUGAAGCAAUCAAGGAAUAUAAACUAAUUCUGGACAUGCAACUAGACUAUGUUCCCGCACUUAAAGGUCUAGGAGAGACAUAUCUUAAUCAAGCACGGUCAGCAUUGCAGCAAGAUUUCAAUGGCAAAGCAGUUGACUGUGUGAUGGAAGCUAUCAAUGUUUUGGCAAGAGCUGUCCAGUGUAGACCUGGCUUCUCUUGUCUUUGGAAACUAAUUGGUGAUUGCUGUACAGUUAUUCACCCAGUAUCUGAUAGCUCCAUUAGAGGGACAAUUCCAGACAAUCUCAAGAAGUACAUUCAUGGAGACCACAGUGAUCUGGACAAGAAACAGCUUCUCGCUUUGGGAUCCAGUGCUUAUGGAAGAGCGCUGAAGCUACAGCCAGAAUGUGGAAGUCUGUGGGGGGAUUUAGGGUUCAACUGUUUUCAGCAGUCUAAGAUUUUGGAAGGCGAUGAGAAAGAAAAGAUGGCUCAUAGAUCUGUACAGGCCUUGAAGAAAGCAAUAACCCUUCAGCCAUCCAAUCAUAAACUGUGGAACAGCCUCGGAGUAGUGACAGCUUCUAAGGAAGUCAACAAUCCAGAUCUCGCACAGCACUCAUUUAUCAUGUCCCUCAAGACUGAACCCAAUAAUGUUAUAGCUUGGACCAAUCUAGGAGUUCUGUACCUGAAACAUGGUAAAAUAGAGCUUGCCCACGAAGCCUUUAAGAAUUCUCAAGCUUUAGAUCCAUCUUACACUGCAGCUUGGAUUGGGCAGGCAAGCAUUGCUGAAAUUAUUGGGAGUGAAGAAGCUAUGGACCUGUUCAGACACACCACAGAAUUGGGUUCGCAUGUUGAAGGAAGCAUUGGUUAUGCUCACUGGGUGUGCUCAGGUCUUGCCCCUAACACGUCACAUGAAAAUCACGUGAUACUCAAAGGAAAACCAGUUCCCACUCUCUCUCAUCUUCAUCCUGAAUACCGGAAAGCUGUGUUACAAUCAGCAACUGCCCUCAGCAAAUACACAGAUCGUUUGAGAAACAACGCUGGUGCUUACAAUAUGUAUGGACUUUUACUUGAACAUCAGAAACUCUUCUUACAAGCAGAGAAAGCAUUUGAAAGUGCAAUCAAACUUCUUCAGGAAAGUGACACCGAAAGCCAACAACAGCAUUUAAACUCUGUGCUUGUUAACCAGGCCAGAGUGCUUUGUUCACUGGGUCGUUACAAGGAUGCAGUAGCGCGUUACCAAGCUGUGAAGCCGCUGACCAUGUUUCAUGAUGUCUGCGGGCUCGCUCUAUCACUGUUCAUGGCAGGUCAAUCGAAAGAGAGCUAUCAAGCAUACGAACAAGCUUUUCAAUUGGCUGAUACAGACGCCGACAGGUCAUGUGUUCUAACCGCCAUGGGCAUGCUGGGAUAUACAUUGGAUGACAAAGAAGGAGCAAAGGCGAUGCUUUUUAAAAGUUCUCAGUUACAGCCUGCUUGUCAGCGCGGGCUCAUGGCGCUCUGUUCCCUCGGUUUGGUCAGCGGUGAUGCUACCUUAGCUGGAGCAGCUCUUGGCGAACUAAUGAAACAGAAAGAUGGGAGUGAAGAUUUAACAGGCAAUAUCUGCUAUCUGUACUCAAGGUUUUACGCUCUGCAGGGAAAUCAGGAACUUGGACGAAGUUACAUCAUGAAAGAGAUCCACCGCAAUCCAGCAAGCAGUUUACUAUGGAGUCAGUUGGCUUCUUACCUGUUACAAGCCUGUCCUGACGAACAAGAGGCCGCUGCAUGUUGUUCUGAGUCUUCUUCUAGGCUUGGAGGAAGUCACUCGUCUGAGCACAAUCCCGCAUUUCACCCAGCCGGUCUUGUGGGCUCUGGAACUUUACGUAAUCACACCAGCAAACCCAAUCUUAAGAGUGCAACAAACAGAACUCGGACGGGUCUCAUUGCAUCCCAGAAGGCUGUUCAUGCGCAUCCUGAUCACGCGUCUAGCUGGGCAGUUCUUGCAGCGUCUGUAACAGCUCAUAAUGUAGCGACUGCUCGCGAGGGACUGGGAACAGAAAAGAAUGGUCUUGGCGCCAGGCUCUCGCAAUUUGUAGAACUGACAGCUUCACAGGAAACAGGUGCUCUUAAGUCCCUUUCUGAGCAUCAGCUGCCAGCCCUUGUUCAAGCACAGACCAGUCAUCUGGAGACCCUCCAGCCCUGGGCCAUUAUUCACCGAGGCUACUGCUUACUGUAUUCAGGCCACCAUCAGGAAGCUGCUAAACACGUUGAUCAGGCCUUAUCGGUAUACAGCUCGGUUCCUGAUGUUUCCGCUCAACUGCAUUUCCUGAAAGCUCAAGUAUUAUUGGCCAGCGGAGAACCUGUCGAAACUGGCCUAAACAUGCUGCAGACGUCUCUGCUGUCCAGUCCAGUUCAUUCACCGAAUGCUUGGCAGGUUUUAGCAGAAGUUCAAGCCAAUCAGGGCUCAGCAACGGCGGCAGAACUUUGCUAUCGUCAGUGUCUACAAGCGGGAAUGAACAACAAGGCACAAGGCUGGAGAGUUGUUCCGCUCAUAAGACUGGCAAGGUUAGCUGUACGUUUGGCACAGUCGGAGUCCGCUGACCUUGAUCGCUGGAUCAACCUUACUCUUGAAGCAUCUAAUGAGGUUCUCAAGUUUAAAUCUGGCUUAUCAGCUGCUUAUCUAAUUCAAGGAAUCGCAUAUUUUCUUCAAGACAAUGUUAGGGCAGCGAGGCGCGCAUUCCAACACGUGAUUAACUCAGACACAAAAGGCUCGGGCAUAGCUCAGUACUGGCUAAUCUUACUUCAUUUGAAGAAAAACGAUCUUCCCGCCGCCUUGGCUCUUCUGUCUAAAGCCGCGUUUGAUGGUAACAGCAGACUGGAUCUGGUUUAUCACCGAGUUGCAAAUAAUGCAGACCUGUCCAAGACAGCUAAGAAGCGUUUAAUGGAGAGAUGUGUCCACGUGAAUCCAUCAGAACAAUUAUUUUGGAACACAUUGAAAGAAUACUGCUGAAAAUUUGACAUCAAUAGAAAUGUGUAGUAAUUAGUUCCAUAAAUAAUAAGUAAGUGCCCACAGAAAAAUAUUAACUUUGAACCUAAAGGUGAAUAUUAAAGGAACUCAAAAUCUUAAUUUAAAGUUAUUUAGUAGCAUUUAGGUAGUUGAUAUUUCUGCCACUCAAUGACGUAUUAAAGUAUCUUAUAAUCCAAGAUGGCCUUACCCAAAGAAGAGCAGGAUUCAGUUUUUAUACACUUUAUAGACGUUGGGCACAAUCAAUAAACUUAAAAUGCAACUAUCGAUCGAGACUUGCCAUAGAAAAUAUAUUGAGAUGCACAUGUUUUUGUUUAAUUAUUUGAAUCAUUUUACAUGGCUGUAAAGAAUCAAGGAAACUCA